CAAUCAGUCUCUCUCUAUAGUAACUAGUACUUUGCUUUUGCAGUACAGGCAAUUAAAAAUGGGUCGCCAUUUUGGAAACUUGGAAAGAGUGAGGCAUGUGAUCACUUAUAGCUUGUCUCCAUUCGAGCAGAAGGCAUUCCCUAACUACUUCACCAAAGGAAUUCCAAAUCUAUGGAGGCGAUUUCGUUCACAGGUCUUCAGGGUAGCUCCUCCUUUUGUGGUGGCCUAUGUUGUUUACACAUGGGGGAACCAAGAAUUUGAGCGACUGAAAAGGAAGAACCCUGCUGACUUUGAAAAUGAUGAGUAAUACAGCUAAUACGGAGACCGCAGUGUAUUAAUGGCAGUGUCCCUUCCUUGUUUCUAAUCUUGUUCACAUAUACACAAAAGGAUAUUUAUAAUAGCAGGCUGCAAAAGCUUGUUCAAUAAAUCUUAGUUCCUAUCCUGCA